AUGCCGGACAAAACGUCGCCACGUUUUGAGGCGUCUUUGCCGGAGAGACACUUCGAUGGGUUGAGGCUUAGCUCCCGCCGCACCCUGUCGUUAGUCCAGACCCUGUAUUUCGUAGACCCGUCGCGUGCGAGAUUCCGUUCUCUGCUAACUUCGCUGACGAAUAGGCACGUCAACGUCAAGCUGCGUCUGAAGCUCUUCAACGCGACCGUUACACCUACGUUAGUAUACGGGCUGGAAACUUGUGCGUUGGAUCAGAAGGAGCUGGACCACCUAGACAUUACGCAGAGGAAAAUGCUCCGGCGAAUCGUCGGCUGGGUGUUCGACGAUAGCGAUUCGUGGGAAGAUGCUGGCCGCAGAAUGAAGCAGAGGCUCGAAUCUGCCAGGCGCCUGCACUACAUUGCAGAUUGGUCUUCGGUUGUAUCAAAGCGCAAGAAGCAUUUACUGAGUCGCUGCCUAAACUAG